AUGAUAGAAAAUUGGGAUGACAUUGUUCUCUUAUGUGGAAGAGAUAGAGCAACGGGUCAAAAUGUUGAAACUUUUCAAGAAGGUAGUGAAGCAAUGGAUGAAGAUGUUGAGAUUGAAGAAGACUUGGCUCCUAGUUCCGAUUUCAGAGCACGAGCAAGGACAUCAAGUUCAGCAGAUUCGAACUUAGAGAAAAAAACAAAGUUUAAGAAAGAUUCACUGGCUGAAGUGGUAGGUGUUAUUGCUACUUCAUUUCAAGAGUAUCUGGCAAGGAAAAAACAAGAAGAGAAACCAAGUGGCGUUGCGAUACAUGAGGUUGUAUCGGUUAUAUCGGGGCUUACUAGUGAAGAAGUGUUCAAAGCUGUCCGCAAGCUAAUGAAUAGCGAUUUAGAGGAGUUCAAAUUUUCAAGAGGAAGCUCGAGCUGGAACUCCGAGAUUAAUGGUGCUCCAAUGGAGAUGACUUGCAGGUGUGGAGAUAAAGUAUACUUGAAGACCUCCUGGACCCAAAAUAAUCCGGGAAGAAGAUAUUGGGCAUGCCCUAAAUAUGGGCAAAAGUUUGGUUUUUGCGGGUUUUUUAUAUGGUAUGAUCCGGAAAUUUACGCAAGAGCAAAGAAUAUUAUACCUGGUUUGCUGGAAAAAUCAAAUAAACAUCAAUAUCAAAUUGAGCAAUACAAGAUGAGGAAUGCUGAAAUGGAAGCUCAACUCUUGGUGGCAAUGAAAAAAGUGGAUGACAUGAACAAUGCAUUGGUUGAAAUUGAGCAAUACAAGUUGAAGAAUGCUGAAUUGGAAGCUCAGCUGUUGGUGGCAAUGAACAAUGUGGAUGACAUGAACAAUGCAUUGGUUGUGUGCAAGAAUAAGAUCAAAAAAUUAUGGGCUGCUACCAUUCUUCUCUCAUUAUUAUACCUUGUCAAAUUAUGUUCUAACUAGAUUUAGAUAGUUAUGGUUGGUGUAAUUUGAAGUACUAUUAUUAUGUAAUGCUUUACUUAUGCAAUUCCUGUACCAUUUUCAGUAUGAAUAUUGUUAUGCAA